UCAUUUGGAUUCAACUCUCUCCUUCUAAUAGACCACCAAAACUAACAUUCACACUCACUUCAUAUCCAUAUCCAUAUCUUCCUCUCUCUCUAAGUGAUGGCUUUUAACCACAGGAAGGGACCAAUCUCAAGUUCCAAAGCCAUAGCCGAUGCAGUCUCAUGGUGCUGUUCAUUUCUUGUGGUGUCCCUUAUAUUGCUAUGCAUAUUCAGGGAAAGCUUUAUGAUUCAGAAUCAUGAGAACUUCACAGGAAGCCAAUUAGUCUUGUCAAAACCAUGUGACGAAAUAUAUGUGGUUGGAGAAGGUGAGACACUUCACACAAUCAGUGACAAGUGUGGUGACCCCUUUAUAGUGGAAAAGAACCCUCAUAUCCAUGACCCAGAUGAUGUCUUCCCUGGUCUUGUUAUCAAGAUUACACCUUCACAACAUAGCUAGAAUUCUAAGUUAAAUGUGUACAUGCAUCUUUUUUAAUAUAAAUUCUUCCUUAUUGACACCCUAAAGAAUGCAUAACAGGAAGAAGAAAAAAAAAAAAAAAUUCCCUUUUACUCUUUUGGAUUGUGUUGUGUAUCUUCUAAAUCAAUGUGAUAUUAGUUUUUUUUUUUUUAUGGUUAUGGAAGUAUAUAAAUAUUGAAAAUUCCUUGCA